AUGUCUGCAUACCCCGCUUACACUAUGGGAGGACUUUGCAUCGUGGGUGGUGUGACUGGAUUUGCUAGGACACGUUCCAUACCAUCGUUGGUUGCUGGUGUUGGUGUUGGCCUGUUGUACCUUUGGAGUGCUGAUAGCAUACGCAAGGGAACACCCAACGGUCUCGAGGGUGCUCUGGGAGCGUCGGCACUGCUAUUCCUAUCAUCACUUCCUCGAUUCGCCAAAGGCCCUGUUCCCGCAAUUCUGACACUCACUUCAGCAGGCACUGGCCUCUAUUAUGGAAACACUGUUUACAACCUCAGAAACCACUAG